AUGAAUGGUGCCAAAUCAUUUCAAAUAAUGACCACCGCCAAAGGACUACUCCACCAGGCCGCACCGACCAAUCACGUGUCAGUCACGUGUCAAAAUGUCAGAGGAGUCCCCAUCGGACAGAAUGGGAUCACGUGCUCGUCAGCGAGUGGAGGUGUGAAGGAACACCGCCCACGCAAUAAAGGUCAAGUUGCCGCAAAGAACAAUUUCGCAGGAGUGAAAAACAUUGACGACGAUGAUGAGGAUGUAGAUGAUAAUGAUAUAAUAGUAAAUGGUUGUGAGGAAAGGAAUAAUAAUAUUGAAAGAAGUUUCAUAGAUGAUGAUGGCAAAUACAAAAUCAACAUCGAUGAUGGUGAUAACAAUGAUGACAAAGAUUAUAGUGAUGAUGGCUCAUCAUCACCGUCAUCAUCAUCAUUGAGAAAUCUCAUUAAAGCAGUUGACGUUGAUGAAGUUAUCAAAUCCGACAGCAACUAUUUUCCUGAUCUGCUCGGUGUUGCCAACGACAAAACUGGUGGAAAGAUCAUUAAUAACCAUAAUGACAACGACUUCAAACUCAUUAACAACAGCAACAUCAACAACAUCAAUGACAUCAGCAACAACAACAGCAACGCAAACAACAACACCGAAAACAGCAGCAACAAAAAAGACCACGACAAACUGGGCAAUAAAAAGUGUUUCAACGUUUCUAACGUUAACGAAACAUUACCGACUGACUGUCCACCAAACAAUAUGACCACUAAAAUUAUAAAUAGAAAUUUUACGACUCCCUUAGCCUGGUCAGUCUGUCAGCAAUUUAAAGGAGGAACACAGCAGCCCGUGGGUGGUCAACUGUCGCAACGCAGACCUAACAAGCCGCAACCGAAAUUACAUUGCUCAGCUUGGUGGCAGACACUGGCCACACAACUCAGAAAAGUGCUAACAUUUUCAUUUCAAAACCUGAAAAAACAGUUUGAAAAAAGUUUCAGACACGGUGGAAAAGUUUUUCUUUUAUUGUUACGGCAUCAUUUAAAACAGAACUGUGCGCAGCUCAUCAACGUAAACAAAUUCCUCAUCAGAGUCUUCAACAGCCUCACCAUCAUCAGUCUAUACUGCAGAUACAUUCUUUCCAACAAUGGCGAUAUUUUAUUUCGUAGUUUGUUGCAGAGGAUAAAUAACUGCAUCGGUCGUGCAUCAGUAACGCUGGGAAGGACGCCAUAUCCAUCAGUGAUUAAACCACAAUAA